GGAAGAGCGGGCUGGGAGCUCCGGGGCUGUGGCCCAGCAGAACCCGACAGCGGUGUGCGGUCUCUGGAGCCGGGUCAGGGGUGUGGAGCUGUUGGAAGGGGCUCGUAGAGGUUCUCAAAUGAGGGGCGGCCUGAGAAGUGGGGGAACACGGAGGUCAGGAUCUUGGGAGUGGCAGAGGGCUGGGUAAUGUGUCGGGAAUGGUUGGUUUGGGUGGCCAGGAUGGUUCUCACCACCUUGUCUAGGGGCCGGAAGGCAAGGGGGACCAGGUGGGACUCCCCAGUGCCUCCCCAAUUGCCAUGUCGGGUUUGCCUUGGUGUUUUGUGCUGAAACGUUUCUGCCAUUGCUCCAACACACUUUGAGCUGGUGAUGCCAUUGCCUAUCGAGUCUUGCCAUGUCCCUCAAAUAUCCUUGACCUGUUGUAAUGGUUGUUGUGACACCCGCACACUUCAUUUCUAUGGCGUGACCCUCAUGGUGACCACAACAUGGAACAAGGAUGCUGGGAAGACUUCGAGGCCUCUGUUGGCCGGCAGAGCCCGAGGGUGGUCGCAUACCCAGCCCGUGGCCUGUGUCCUGCAGAGCCCACCCUUCAGAGCGCAGCAGUUGUGUCAAUGGGCUCAGCUGAUCAUCGACUGAACCUGGCAGAGAUCCUUUCCCAGAACUAUGGUGUGAGGGAAGAAAGGGAGGAAGAUGAUACUCAGGAGAAGCAGAAAUCUUUAGAAGAGCUGGAGAAGAGUUUCAGUGCCUCUCAGAGCAGUGAAAUGCCAUUUGAGGAGCUGCUCGCACUGUAUGGCUAUGAGGCAUCUGAUCCCAUCUCGGAGCAGGACAGCGAGAGCAAUGACAUCGCUCCCAACCUCCCUGAUAUGACUCUGGAUAAGGAACAAAUAGCGAAGGAUUUGCUUUCAGGGGAAGAAGAGGAGGAGACACAAUCUUCAGCUGACGAUCUGACUCCAUCCGUCACGUCCCACGAUGCAUCGGACUUAUUCCCAAACCAGCCUGGCUCAAACAACUUCCUUGCUGAUGAAGACAAAGAGCCAUGUUCAUCUCCAUGUGCUUCCUCCAUGGCUGAGGACUCAGAGGUGGAUUCCCUCCCAUCCAAUGAGUGUAAGAAGGAGAUCAUGGUUGGACCUCAGUACCAGGCCAUUGUUCCCAUCCUCCGCUUAAACAGGCACAGGCAAAAAGUGCUUUUUCUGUUAGCCUAUGAGAAUGAAGAUCAGCUGCUGUGGGACCCAAACAUCCUCCCUGAGAGGGAGGUGGAAGAGUUCCUGUACCGCGCUGUGAAGCGGCAGUGGGACGAGCUGUCUGCAGGCAGCCUGCCAGAGGGAGAGGUGGUCAAGGACAACGAGCAGGCUUUGUACGAGCUGGUGAAAUGCAACUUCAAUGCAGAAGAGGCACUGCGGAGGUUACGGUUCAACGUGAAGGUUAUCAGAGAUGAGCUUUGUGCCUGGAGCGAGGAAGAAUGUAGAAAUUUUGAACAUGGCUUUAGGGUCCAUGGAAAAAACUUUCACCUUAUCCAAGCAAACAAGGUCCGCACCCGGUCGGUGGGCGAGUGUGUGGAGUAUUACUACAUGUGGAAAAAAUCAGAGCGCUAUGACUACUUCACUCAGCAGACUCGUCUAGGAAGGAAGAAGUACGUCCUCCACCCUGGAGCCACGGAUUUCACUGACAAUGACCUGGAUGGGGUUGAAGUGGAAAACACGAGUCGUUCUCGGAGCUCCCCACCAAUUCCCUCUGCAGCUGGCUGUCUGGAUGCUCACUUUGGUCAAGAUCAGAUAGCAAUUGAAAGCACAGAGCCCCUGAGCGUGGAGAGCACGGCCUGCAGCCUGGGCAGCAUCAGCGAGUCAGGACAGGGUUAUGAGUGCAGCACCCCCUCGGAGACAAACUGCUCCUUCGACCCCUCGGAGGAGACGUCCUCGGGCGCUGUCCCUGUGCCCUGCCCACGCCACACUGUCACCCCCUCUGAGCCAGAGCUCUUUGCUUUGCCACCCGCAGGACCAGGACUGGCAGAGAAGCAGGAGACAGUGCAGAACUCUGGUGAGACAAUAACCAUGGACUUCACUCUCCCUGCAGACAUUAACGAGGGGUUACCUUUAAUUGCUGGCCCUGUGGAUUUGGACAGAGACCCUGAGGCAGUGGUGGCCCCUGCUCAAGUGUCCUUAUCGGUCACAGAUUUCGGUCUCGUUGGCAUCGGAGAUGUAAAUACUUUCCUGACUGCUCAUCAGGCUUGCCCAGCACCUGUGGCUCGGUCAGAGCCUCUGUCACAGUGAGAGUCUCCAGUUCACAAAUUUGUCACAGACCCAGCAAGGACUUUGACCUGACUGAGUGAAAUUGUGGAACUUCCACUGUCCUGUAGGGACAGUUUGGAGCUGUUGGUCGGAAUCCGUCUUUCCAUCCUCCUUGAUCCAAGGCUACAGUGAAACCAAACACCUUUCUGCUCCAGUGUAUCCUGACACAAUCGUAAAAAGUGGUGGCUGGCUUUCCUGAGUGGGGAGGUCCAUCACCCCCCUCCUACGUUUGACCAUGUGUCACCCCAGGUGAUGCCAGUCCGCUCAGAGAGUCCCUGCCUCGGGACAGGGGACGUGUCCCUUGGCCCCAGUGGGACAGUGUGAGGGCAGAGGUGCUUUGAGAAAUGUGUUGCCAUCAUGGUGAGGGUACAGGCUGAGGGUCUGAGAGCUUGGGAGGGCUGCAGAGCAGUUUCCUGCAGAGAUGGGCAUGGAAAUGCCAAGGGAGGCUGAUAAGUCUUGGCCCUUCUCCCAAGGGCAGUGUGUUGCUGUAGGAGCCACUCACCCUGUCCUUCUCCCAGCAGCCACAGGUCAUGACAGGCAGGCACACAGCUGCUUUCCCCUCCAGCAGCCACGUGUUCCUUACUCCACCUGCUGCAGGUGGGACAUGGUCUGGCCCAGCCCAGCCCUUGGGCAGAAGUGUCAGU